AUGUUUGGGCAGAGCUUGCGCAGGUUCUCUACCUCCUUGGUUCCCAGAAGCCACUAUGAGGAGGGCCUAGGGAAGAACCUGCCCUUUUCAAUAGAAAACAAAUGGCGGUUGCUGGUAAUGGUAACUGUGUACUUUGGAUCUGGAUUUGCUGCACCUUUCUAUAUAUUAAGACAUCAAAUACUUAAGAAAUAAGAUUCUCCUACACAGAAAUCAAAUU